AUGUCCAGUAGAAGAGCUCUGUUGCAGGUCUUGCGAGCCAGAACCAUGACUACUAGCCCCAACGCCAAGCGCAUCAAGCUCUCGGACGAGGAGCGAGCUUCGCAGCUGGAGCACCUGAAGACGGCUGGCUGGGAAAUGGUGGACGGUCGGGACGCCAUCAAAAAGUCGUUUCAGUUCCAAGACUUCAACGAGGCGUUCGGGUUCAUGACUCGCGUGGCGCUCAAGGCGGACAAGAUGGACCACCAUCCCGAGUGGUUCAACGUCUACAACCGCGUGGAGGUGACUCUGAGCACCCACGACUGCAAGGGGCUGUCUCAGAGAGACAUCACUCUGGCCGAGUUUAUUGAGAAGACAGCAGAGUGA